AUGGAAAAUCCUGAAGUGGCCGUGAGCAGCUGCAGUUCUCAUGAUGGUGAAAAUGUUUGCAGCUACAAACGGCACCCAUCAAUAUCACAGGAGGGGCUUUUGGAAGACCAGCUUAGAAGGAAGUUAAAAUUUUUCUUCAUGAACCCAUGUGAGAAAUUCUGGGCCCGGGGCAGAAAGCCUUGGAAACUUGGGAUUCAAUUACUCAAAAUAGUAAUGGUUACAGUUCAGCUGGUGGUUUUUGGAUUGAGCAACCAAAUGGUGGUAGCCUUCAAAGAAGAGAACACUAUUGCGUUCAAACACCUCUUCUUGAAAGGAUACAUGGACAGAAUGGAUGAUACCUACGCUGUAUACACACAAACAGAUGUCUAUGACCAGAUAUUCUUUGCAAUAAAUCAGUACUUACAGCUGCCCAACAUCUCUGUUGGAAAUCAUGCUUAUGAGAAGAGGGGAGCAGAGGAGACAGCUCUGGCCAUUUGUCAGCAGUUCUACAAGCGAGGAAUCAUCUGUCCUGGAAAUGACACCUUUGAUAUAGACCCAGAGAUUGUGACUGACUGCUUGUACAUUGAGCCAAUUACACCGUUAGACAACACAACAGUGGGAAAGCACAAUUUGAAUUUCACUCUGGAUUUCCACAGACUGGUGACCGUGCAGCUCACGUUCAAUCUGAAGGCAAUCAACCUCCAGACCGUUCGUCACCAUGAGCUCCCUGACUGUUACGAUUUCACUUUGAGGAUAGUGUUUGAUAAUAAAGCACAUAGUGGAAGAAUUAAAAUAAGUCUCAACAACGACAUAGCGAUCAGGGAAUGUAAAGACUGGCAUGUUUCUGGAUCAAUACAGAAGAACACUCAUUACAUGAUGAUCUUCGAUGCUUUUGUCAUAUUGACUUGUCUGGCCUCAUUGAUCCUUUGCACACGAUCAGUAAUUAAAGGAAUUCGGCUCCAAAGGGAAUUUGUAAGCUUUUUCCUAUAUUAUUAUAAGAAAGAAGUGCCUUUCAGUGAUCAAAUGGAAUUUGUCAAUGGAUGGUACAUCUUGAUUAUGGUUAGUGAUGUCUUAACUAUUGUUGGAUCAACUCUAAAGAUGGAGAUACAAGCCAAGAGUCUGACAAGUUAUGAUGUCUGUAGCAUACUCCUAGGAACAUCCACUAUGCUUGUAUGGCUUGGAGUCAUUCGCUAUCUAGGUUUCUUUCAGAAGUAUAAUGUAAGGAUCUCCUGGGAUCUUCGUACUGUUGGUAUUUAUUCUGUUUGUUGCUAUAAGGGGACUGGAAGAAGUGUCUGGUUAAAUUCUUACUGUUUGUAUUGCUUUGUGCAGCUUCUCAUCCUAACCCUGCGAGCAGCACUACCCAAUGUAAUGAGGUUCUGCUGUUGUGCUGCUAUGAUCUACCUGGGCUAUUGUUUCUGUGGAUGGAUUGUACUGGGACCAUACCAUGCGAAGUUUCGCUCUCUGAACACAGUUUCUGAAUGCCUUUUCUCAUUGAUCAAUGGAGAUGACAUGUUUGCCACCUUUGCAAAAAUGCAGCAGAAAAGUUACUUGGUUUGGUUAUUCAGCAGGAUCUACCUCUACUCCUUCAUCAGUCUGUUCAUCUAUAUGGUGCUGAGUCUUUUCAUUGCACUCAUUACAGAUACGUAUGAAACAGUCAAGCACUACCAGCAAGAUGGCUUUCCAGAGACAGAACUUCAGAGAUUUAUAGCACAGUGCAAAGACUUACCGAACUCUGGCAGGUACAGGUUAGAGGAGGAGAGUUCUGCAUCUCUCUUCUGUUGUUGUAAUGGUUGUAGCGAACAUAUUUAAUGGAUUAUGGGAGUGUAUCACGGAGGCUUUAAAGUAGCACACAUUGGAAGAAUUGGACAACAGAUCUUCUGGAAAACCUUAUAUCUAGAGCUUGAAUUUGCUUUUCUUGAGAAACAGUGUAAGCCUGUGCCAGAAGCUUAUGCUAAACUUACAGACUUUUUGAUUAGACACUCACUGCUAAUUCAGGGGGUUUGGGUGUUUGUUUAUAUUAGCUUUAUUCUAUUUGUUUUCUCAGUUAAAUUGUGCUAGAAUGCAAAGGGCAUCAAAAAGCUGUCUGUGUUCAGAGUCUUGGCUAGGUUAUAAGAGUAGACCAGAAAUGUAGUAACUUUCAACUAUAAUUAGAACUAGUGUUGGACAACUGCAGCUUUGAACACCAACCUAACCCUCAGUACUGCUGCCAUUAUCUGUCCAUGGUUGACCUGUUACUGAACGAAUGAAAGCUCGCUCUGGAGCUCUCAGAAUUUUUUGUUUAUUUGCACUCAUAGUAAAAAUAAAAACUAUGAAUUUGGUGUAAUUUUUUUCCGGAGUCAUUACAGUGAGUUGAUACACAAACC